ACACAGCUGGUCCAUUUUAUCCUGAUGCGCAUCACCGCCUUCUCCGUCUUCUUUUUCUUUAUUUACCAUCAAACCAUUAAUUUAACACUUUUCAUCGCAGGAGCAUAACAUCUACAUGAGUGAGGACUAACACGUUCAUGGUUUUUUUUCUCCAAAAGAAUGGGAUAUGGAAAUGAUGGGAACAAAUAAGUAACAUUUAAUUUCACCUUUCCAUUACCGGACUUCAGUGGAGUAAAUCAGUCGGAUGUGUGGUCAGAGCGCAUGGGGAGCGCACUCCGUGGGACUGUGUGUGUGUCAGUGACACUCUCCAUCCGGUCACAGCCCUAACCCUAACCCCAAACAGCCACUGUCCUGGAGGAGGAUGCCUUCCUUGCACCACGGAGCAAUUUUCGUAGGAGCCUUCCUCAUUGUGACCGGGGGCUCCACAGCCUUCCUGGCCUCGUCCCAGAGCCGCCUGCAGGCUUUCUCCCUGUGCUGCGUGGUGCUGGGGGUGGUCAUGCUCAUCCUGGGACUAUUCUGGGCUAUGAACAGCAAAAGUGCCGCAAACUACAACCACCGAGAGUUCGACCCAGAGUGCCCACAUUAUCCAUUCAACGACUACCCCAACUUCGGCAGCCAUGCCCUCUUCUCACCCCCAGGGAGCCGCUUCCCAGAAUCCCAGUCGGUGUUUCUGCCCAGGACAAUGGAGCACCACAGACAUGGGGCUCGUGGGGAGGAAUUUGAUUACCCUCCCAUGGACCCUGUUGGUUUCAGCCCAUCGCCUCACCCUCCUCUGUGGCAGGAGCCCCCCCCUCCCUAUGAGGUGGCCAUCAAGACCACAUGCAGCUCCACACAACUGCGACGUGCAUACUCAGACACACACCUGGCAUCAGAGCCCCUGUUUGGACGCUCGAGAGAGAUCAGCUUUGAAGUGUGAAGCUGGAUAAUACGGACAGUGAAAAAUAAAGAGUCAUCAGACUGAGGCUUUCACAGCAAAAGCUGCCUUCUGACAGAAACAGACUUUAUCAAAUACUUGAAGCAUGCUUCUUCCUGAUGUUGACCAGUGGGUCCUAGCAUGCUUUACCUAACUUAUCUCUAAUUCAAAUGCAGGUGUAAAUGUAUAUUUUAAUAUAUGCUGAAAUGAAAGGUACAUCAAACCAAAUACAGCCUUAGAAGCCCAAAACAAAGCACCAAAUAUAAAUGUAAAAGCACAUACGUUCUGGACAGUUUUAUCAAGUCACAGUUGUUUUCAGCCUUUACGCUAAACUAUCCAGACCAGACACCUCAGGUAGGGUCAUAUCUAUUCACACCAAAGAACAUUUAUUCAACAAACAGUGGCAAUGUUUCCUGACUCAGUGCAGCAGAUUUUUAUAAGAACAAAAAUACAUUUUGAUCAGCAGUGUAUAGAAAAAAUAAAUGGCCAAUGAUUGUGUUAUUUUUCUAUAAUCUUACCAAACCUUUAAUCACUUAUAUGAUUAGGUAUUAUGUGAUUGGAUCAGGAUUUCUUGAAAGACACAUUGCUGUUGAGAUUUUCAUGUAUUUUUGUGGCGCUUUAGACACAAGCCUAGUGCCAUUUAGAUCUAAUAUAUUGGAGAGAAGGCAGACAUCUUAACUCCUGAUUACUCCCACCAAAACAAUCUAGAUUAUUAAAUAGCAGUAAAGUUACAGAUGUCUUAUUUGAACUGUUCUUUAAAUUGAAACUGAUAAAGACCUGCGCUUUAUUUUAGGUUGUCUGCCACGGUAACAGAAGCACACAGGAAAUCCAGGAUUUCCAUUCAUUUUAGAAUAAUCCUUCUUUCUGGGAUCCCGAGUUGACCACAGAGGACCGUUUUCUUUUAGUUUUCCUCGUCCAUCAAACUAAGAAGUGUUCCAUCUUUUCCCCAUCAGGACUAACACACAUUAUCACAGGAUGGAUAUGAAUAUAAUUCACUUUCGGAAAAAAGCACCCCGGUAGACGUUUGCUUGCCACGCAUGUCAGCUAUUCAUCAGCUUGUUGAAAACAGAGGGAACAAUGACUCAUCUGAUCAUGAGUUUGUUUCACCGCUCACUAGAUCACUGACAACACGGCCUGACCUUUAAGCAACCACAGAAUCACUCUGAAUGUGCAAAUCAUUUGAACCCUUAAACUUGAUUGGAGAAGAUACUUAAUUGUAAGAAAAAGCAUUAAUUAGAUUUAAAAAAUGGCAUGAGACCUACAGAUGUUGGUGAAAUAAGUUGUCUCCUAUCUCCUAAAUCCUGCAUAUCAGCGAGCUGCCACCAUGAUGGAAAACUACAAUAGCUUUGACAAAAUCAUGCACCAAAUUAAUAUACUGUAGGGAUUAACAAAUCUUAAUAAAAAAUAGUAAAAUAAAUAACAGGGUAUCAACUAUCAUGGUUGCAUAACUAAUGCUUGUGAAGCAUCUUCUAAGUGAAUUCCAUGUCGUAAUGAAAUUAACAAAAUGUUAUUAUAAAAUUGCACAAAACCCAUUAUUGUAAAUCAUGUAAAAGAUGGAAACACAAGAUUGUUCUGUGCAUAUUUCCCUUUUUUUACCCGACUGGUUAGGUUGUUUUAUGUAUAUUUCCAAAAUAUGAAGUUUGUCUAAAAUCUAUAGAAUUAAAUAUAGUAUGUGUUAAAUGUCAGCUCACACAUAUUUGUUAUACUGAAUUAAUUGUGCGAUGAAAAGUCUUUCUGCUUUCAUCACCUCUGAAAUAAGAUCCUGCACUGAAUUGAUGACCACAAUUACACUGUUGUGAGCACAAGGACGACUGACUUCAGCUGCUCUGAAGGACACACACGGUUACUUCUGAAUAUGCAUGCUUCUAUGAAUGAUGGUUUUAAUCUCUGAAAAGGUAUCUAAAGGGAUAAUUUUGCACCAUGUUUUUAAUGUGUGUGUAUUUGCAUUUUAUGUUAAUAA